GUGUGAGACACACACACACACAGGACGCCUGGCUCCAUCUCCAUGCGGGUUUACGCAGAGGAAUGAUCGGACGGACAGCCUAUGAAAUGAUACAGCAAAAUAAAGACUGACGACAUGUCGCCUUCUCCUCAAGGGGUCUGUCUUUUCCGGUGGGCUAAGUUUUGGAAGUGAAAUCAUAAACGACCAAAAAGGUGGACCAAUUGAGCUGCGUGCGAUCAGAAAGACUAGCCAAGAUAAGCAUCAACCUGGAGCACUCCUUGGUUGUCUACCCCACAUAUGAAGACCCUCAGCCUGUAAUGACUUGAGACCAUUCAUCCAACAUUCUUCAUCCAAACGUGUGUCUCACCAGCAGGGCCGCUGAUAGCUUUUGCUGGGCCCGGGACAAAGCCAUUUGAAAGGGCCCCCACCCCUAUUCUCACAUUGUAAAGGGGUCCCAAUUCUGGGCCCCUCCUUUCUCUGGGCCCGGGACAACUGACCCCUUUGCAAUGAAGAGCAACAUCAGAAUAGCUGUUGCUGCAUUGGUGACUUGCACAGUUGUGCUGAUCUUGUACUCCAACCUAUUCUUGAAGGACGUCAAUACGUCCGUGGAUGUGACAUGGAGUAAAACUACGACGAAGCCCAAAGUAGGUGUACUACCGCAGCAGCAGCCUACUGCAGAAGCCCCGAAAGCGAAUCCCAUCACCAAACCUCGCCUGAGGAGAUACGUGCCUCGUCCCGUCAUAUCACCCAUCAAGUUCUCCCCGGAAUUCAGGAGAACCAUCCCGCAGAACAGCGGCUUCUGGAACCGGAAGUUUCACCACAGUCUCAAGCAACUGGACUUGGGAAAUGUGUCGCACCUCAACAGCUCGACGGAGAGCUCAGAGUCUCUGCAGGCCAACAUUCCAGAUCUUAAUUCCUAUUCGGCUCUCUACCACCAGUUUUUGCAUAGCAUGCAUUUCCGCACGCCUGACCUCCUGAUUAACCAGCCCAACAAAUGCAGGUCAAAUGGCCAACCUGAGCGAGUGACGCUACUGUUGGGAAUCAAGUCAGUCGCUCGAAACUUUGAAGAGCGGCAGGCCAUCAGAGAGACGUGGGGGCAGGAAGGGUUGACUGGAGACGGCUUGCUGGUGCGCCGCGUUUUUCUCCUGGGCACCCUUCCCUCGGACGUCCCUGACCUCCGCGCGCUCAUGGCCUUCGAAGCCCAGCAGCACGGGGAUGUGCUCAUGUGGGAUUUCAAGGACACAUUUUACAACCUCACGCUCAAGGACCACAUGUUCCUCGAGUGGACGCUGCAGCACUGCUCGCAAGCCUCUUUCAUCUUCAAGGGCGACGACGACGUUUUCGUCAACCCAGGCGCCGUCCUGAGAUACGUCAAGUCGCUGACCCCGGACAAGGCGUCCAAACUGUACGCAGGCCAAAUCAUAUACCAGGCCUCUCCUCAUCGUAGCACUAGCGUCAAGUACUACAUCCCGCAGUCGUUCUACGACGGACCCUAUCCGCCUUACGCCGGCGGUGGAGGCUUCCUCUUCUCGGGGGCUCUGUUGCCGUCCCUCUACAGCGUCACCUGGAUCAUUCCGUUCUACCCCAUCGACGACGUGUACACGGGGAUGUGCUUCCACGCGCUCGGCGUGGAGCCGGAGAAGCACCCGGGCUUCCAGACCUUCGACAUCCGGGAGCAGGACAGGGAGAACCCGUGCGUGUACAGGGACCUGCUCCUGGUGCAUCGGCGAAGCCCUCAGCAGGCGCUGCGGCUGUGGAGGAGCAUGAAGAGCCCUCUGCUGACGUGUUGAGGAGGCCGGCCCUCUCACAAAAACAGCUUUUUAAAUAUUUUUUAGGGGCUUUAUAUGCCUUUGUUGACAUGAGAUGCUGACAGGAAGUGAGUAGGAGAGAGAGAUGGGGGAGGAUUGGGAAAUGACUCCGUCCGGACUUGAACAGGGGUCCCCAUGGACAUGAAAGCCCAAAUGUGUGUGGUAUAGCGCAUUGCGCCACAGCGCCCCACAUCUUUUUAUAUAUACUGUAUAUACACUGUAUACCAGUAUAUCUUUUUUUUUGGAGGGGGGGGUGUCAUUGUUGAAAGUGGUGACAGGAAUUGAGUGAGAGAGAGGGAUGGGGUAUGGUUGGGAAAUGGAAACCCAGGCUGGAUUCGAACCUGGGUCCACAUGGACGUGUAGCACAUUCAUCCAAAAGCAUGUCAGUGUAAUUCCUCAAAUCAUUCUCACAACACGUCUUUACCGAACUUAUUCCCAAGUCCAGUUGAUAUGGCCUACCUGUUGAGCUGAGCGACAAACCGCUGUUGAAAAAGUGACAGUGAAAGCCCAGCUGGGAAACUUCCACUCCCAUUGUCAUUGUGACACAGCACUCCACAGCAUACGUGAACACUGCACACAACGAAAUUUAAUCUAUGCCUCACCCGUGCAAGGGGGCAGCCCCUAAUGGCACCCAAAAGGGAGCAGUGUGAUGGGACGGUACCAUGCUCAGGCUACCUCAGUCAUAGAGGAGGAUGAGGGCUCCUGGAUCAGUGGCUAGGGUGAGGGCUGUGCUUACUGGUAGCUCAUUUCAGCAAAGCCGCCCAUCUCCACAGAACACCGGGUGUACCGUAGAAGUAGAGUAUGCCUGAGUUGAUGAUGUUAUUACUUGUUUUAUUUCUGUGAAAGGUUCGACCUUAUUUGCCUUGACGGUACUGUAGUUAACUAUGCUCUCAGCAUAGUCUAGUGAAUGCAGCAUAACAAGCGUUUUCACAAGUUUGCUUCACGAGGAAUCAAGCACUAGAACAAACCAAACUAUAAGAUGGAAGUAAGCAGGGAAAAUGCUCUAUCUACUGUUGUAUUUUUAUACUUUGGUUCAUGUACUGUAUGUCUUAGGUUAUUAACAAGUUUUGCCUUUUGUAAGGAUUAUCAUGACUAUGGUUUUAAUUCGGAUUUAAUUUUAGGCCUUUCCUUUCCGAGGCCUGAAAUGCUAUAUUCUCUGUUUAUUUUAGUCCCCAAUGGUGAAUGGCUGCUUUUCUUUUUCUGAUGGUGUAGAAUAACGAAUGGGUAAAGUUGUCAUUCAUGGAUUUUUUGUCAUGAACUGCCUGUCAUUUGUACAUUGUUGUGGUGAGGCUAUCUUUUCAGCCAUAUGCACCUUUGACCUUGGCAGCUUUUAUUUCAUAUUAAAUAUGUCAUAUACUCAAUAUACUCUGCUAAACAAG